GCGUCCGGGGGGCGGGGCGUUUCGCCCGCUCCGGAAGCAGCAUGAUGGCGUCGACGGCGGCGCGCGGGGGCCUGGGGUUCCGCGGGAUCAGCUGGCUGCAGCGCGGCAGGAGGAGUACUUCAGUUACAGACCAUCUGGGACUGCUCUCCCCAAGCAAUGGGCUCCCACUGCCAUCCUGCCGCCGGAGCUAUAGAGCUGUGUUGUGCACUGAGCUGGCGAAGCCACUGAUUAUUAGGACUAUCCCAUCGCCUCCUUUGCAGCCCCAAGAGGUCAGGGUUGGCAUCCAUUGCUGUGGGGUAAACUUUGCUGAUAUCUUGGCCUGCCAGGGUCUGUACCAGGAAAAACAUGCUCUUCCAUUCGCACCUGGAAUGGAGUUUUCAGGCGUUGUGAUGGAGACAGGAACAGAUGUCAGCACAGUGCAGAAGGGAGACAGAGUACUUGGCGUGACAAGCUCCAAGGCAAUGGCUGAGGAGUGCAUUAUUGAUCAGAAGAUGCUAUGGCAGAUCCCAGAUGGUGUGUCUUACGAACACGCUGCUGCACUGCCUGUGUCUUAUGGCACAGCCAGCUUGGCCCUUGAGCGAAGAGCACACACACAGCCAGGGGAAACAGUUUUAGUGACAGCAGCUGCUGGGGCCACGGGACUUGCUACUAUUGAUAUUGCAACCAAUGUUUUUAAGGCAAAGGUGAUUGCAGCAGCUGGAAGUGAUCACAAAUGCAAUCUGGCACUACAGAAGGGUGCCACACACAGUGUAAAUUACAGCCAAAACAGCUUAAAAGAUGAGGUGAAGAAGCUUACUGAUAACAGAGGGGUCAAUGUAGCAAUAGAUGCUGUCGGAGGAGACAUCUUCAAGCAAGCAUUACACAGUUUGGCUUGGGAGGGCAGGAUUGUGGUGGUGGGCUUUGCUGGAGGAACAAUCCCCUCAUUUUCAGCCAACCUGCUGCUUCUGAAGAAUGUGUCUGCCAUGGGAGUAUAUUGGGGUCGGUACCGAGAAGAGGAGUUCCCUCUCUUUUCAUCCUCUAUUUCCUCUGCUCUUCAGUACUGCCAUGAGGGAAAGAUUGAACCUCAUAUUGGAGAAGUUUUCAAACUGGAGGAGGUAAAUGAAGCCUUUAGCCAUGUGAUUCAGCGUAAAUCCACUGGGAAGGUCAUCAUCUCAAUUAAAUGAAUCAGCCUGUUUCUUCAGACACAACCCCCCUGCUGCUGUUAUACUGUUUUGAAGAGGAGACUAUCACUCUUAAAAGAUGAAAUAAUUAGCAUUGUCACUUUAACAUUUUUUAUGCAAGGCUCAAGUGAUUUUUCACAUGAUUUGUUUAUCAUCACCAGUAGCACAGAGGGGUUGGGAAUGCUUAUGAUUUAAUGGGAAAAACAUUUGCACUUUUGGCUUACUGUGGUGGAGGUGCAAUAGUGCUUGACAAACAGUGUGAGGAAUCCUAGGGUACAUAAGUCUUUGCUAUGACAAGAGAAGACAUGUGGAUAUGCAGUUGAUAUCAACGUAAACAGAAUCUGAUUAAAAGUUUCACUGCUGGGAGAUAAUGUACUUACAGCCUCCUUGUGUUGUAUACCACCUGGGCUUCUUACACUCUCUUUCUAUAGCAUUGAUCCUGUCCUAGCUGAUAGAGUGUAUAGUGCACACUUCACCCACUCACUUCUUUCACAUUGAUUGCACAGGCUGCUUCCCUUUGUAUUGGUGAUGACAUUGUUCCUUGUGUCAACUACAGGAAUGGGAGGGAGGUAACUAUUAGAGUUUAUUUUAAUGCCUUUUAAGAGCUGGAAAGAAGAAAUGGAAUUAAGCCUUUGAAGACCAGUAAGAGACAGCAAUUUGAGACUCCCUGCCCUUGGGCAAUGUAGAGCAGCAGUCCCGUCUGCAACUGUGUCUGAACAGCAAGCUAGAAGUGAACUGCUUGUGUGGGAGAGAUGAAAUUGAAAUGAGAAGUAAAAUAAGAAAGACAACAGGCAGCUGGACACACUCGCUUUAGGAGAGUGAACCAAACCAUGGCUCCGUCUAGUUCAGUGGCAAAAUUCCUUCAGGAGAAAGAAGCCAACCCCCAAUAAUCAAUGUACUGUGGAGAGAAAAGACUUUGCCCUUUCCCCCUGCAUCAAUUCAGCUUAGGUCCUAGGAGCUGAAACCAUGCUCUAGUUACUUUAAUAAACAUAACAGCAUGAAAGGAGAAACUCCGGUCUGAAACACUAUUAAGAAGCACAUUUUACUUUUUCAACCUAGCUUAAAAAAUCUGCACCCAUAAUGGACUGUAGGACAUGCUGUAAUAGAUAUGAAAAUGUCUACUAUGGGUCUCAUGUUCGGUAAGAAAAUUGUUAAAUUCCUCCAUAUUGUUGCUGUUCCUGAUUCGAGCCCAGUGGACGAGUUCAACUAUUAACUACUCCAAACUCUUUGGACCAAAAUGCACUUCUUUGGUUAACAUGGCUUUGUUGCAGCUUUGGGUAUCAGGUUGCCUUGCUUACAUCCAGGCUGUUGUGAAGCGAAGACCAGACACUCUUCUUGUGCCCAACACGUGCCUUAGCAUUUGUUAUUCUCUAAAAGAAAUCAUUCACACCUUAAAAAUGUGACUAAUUAUUCAGGUUAUCACUGGCUUCCUGAUGCAGAAAACAUGCUUUGUUUGAGAGUCUUAUAUAGUUGCCAACAGCACAAAGAGUUUUGCAGAGAAUAGCAGAUUCAAAUAAGCUGUGGGCUGAGGGACCAUUAGUGCAUGUUGUGUGUAUGCCUUUCAAAUAUUUACUGUUGUGCCAGAGAUAAAAGAUCCUUUUUAAGGAGGGAGAAAUUCAGCUGCCAUCCAAAAGCAGUUAUGCACAUGCUUAAUUUAUGGCUUCAAGUAGCCCUCUGCUUUGAGGUUAAUGGUAGGAUUUAGGCCUAUGCUUAGGUGCUUUGCUGAAUUGGGGCCUGUCACACAGCUCUGAUGGAGUUCCCUGUCCUGUUUUGGAGUCCUGUUUUGGAGUCUAGCUUCAUGUACUCUUGGAUUACCAUUGGCCUGAAUAGACCGCAGCACUGUCUCUUGACCUCUCUGGUCUGUUUCUAGCCAUGGGUACAGACUCUGUUACACCUUCUCAGAAUUGUGUCUCUUUAAUCCCCAGGCCCCAUGCUGAUUCCCAAUCAUGUAGGCAUUAUGGGUUUAUAAUUCACCUCUACAGCAAUGUAUGCAUGACAGCAAACAGACGGAUGGACUAUGCAAGAUUUCAUAAAUACAACUGCUCUUCAUUUUAGGUAGCACCAAAGGUGUGCAGCCCUAGCUGCACAAUAUUGUUGAUUUAAAAAACAACAAAUAUUGUGCAUGAAUUACAUUUCUCAAUGCACAGGAACAUUCUUUUGUGCUUUUUAAAACCUUGCUGUUGACAUCUGACUCCUUUGCUCUCCUGUUUGAGGAUUCUUCCACCCUUCAAAAGCAGGCCCCUCCAACUUGGUUGGACUUGUUUCUCAAGUUUUCAGCCAUCUUUGUGUCCCACAGUGAUCUCCCUUAAAUGGGAGCCAUGAAGAUUUAAUGCCUCUAUUUUUAUGGGUCAGAGGGAUAAGACAUACAGCCCUGACAGCAUAUGGCUGCCUUGGCUAUAUCGAGAUGUUCAAGAUACAGCAGUUUCAUAACCUUAACCAGCAUUCAGUACAAGGCCUAUAACAGAAAGGAUUUGAUUAAGCCCACAGAGGGAGCCUAUGUCAGAACUAGUAUUAGAAUUGUGGAAUCCUUUGGGUUUAUUCUUGUGUUUACCUCUAACUGACUGUCCUGCCCUCUGUGCUAUGGAGUUAUCUACUGUGACUCCAGGUCAUAGUAGCUGCUCAGCAGAAGAAGUUCCUGUCUCAGAUGCAGGCAGCCAGGGCGAAAGGAGUUUCCUGUUUCUUUCAAUACCUGCAUAACCUGUAUUUGGGCCCUUAAUUUUUUACCUCGUCACUAAUGUAACAUUUUCACCUGCCUUUGUAUUAAUUGUCACAUGCUUUGAAUAAAAAAAUAUUUUAAAGAGAGAAUUUAGAGAAGAAAAUAUUUUUACAUGUCCAGAUGUGUGAAGGGUUUGUUAAUUUGUAAAAUUACUCGUAAUUGUUAAAAAAUGAGAAAAAAUACAUGUAACUUAUGGGAAGAGGCUCCUGUAUUAAAAGCAAUAAUGGUUUACUGUUAAA